GAUUGCCGCUGUGACUUCUUCAAGUGAAGGUUCUUUUCCCCUCCCAUUGGCUUUGUUCAACCUAUUUCUGUGAAGUAUAUUAUCUAUUUCAUAUUACUUCACUCACUACACCAUGGCUGGCAUAGGCGAGGAAAAUCACAAGAAGCGCAAGCUCCCAGAGGUCUCCGAGAUCGAGAUCGAUGUUUCUGCACCGGAACCUCCCUCAAAGAAGGCUCUGCGAAAGCUGAAGAAGAAGGCCGCAGAAGGCCCCACGGAUACCACUACGGAGAAGAAAACAGAGGGGGCUCCUGCAGACAAUGACAGCGCUGCCACUCAGAAGCGCUCCGAGUAUGGCAUCUGGAUCGGAAACCUGCCAUUUUUCGCGACGAAAGAUGACGUGCGCAAGUUCUUUACGACCAACUGCUCCUUUGCAGAUACGACCAUCACGAGAAUUCACAUGCCCAAGUCUGGUGAUAAGCAUGGAAAAGCCCAGAACAAAGGUUUCGCUUACGUCGAUUUCUCCACGCAGAAGGCCUCCCAGGAGGCAAUGGGCCUCAGUGAACAGCUUCUCUCCGGACGUCGCGUGCUCAUCAAAGAUGCAAAGAAUUUCUCCGGAAGGCCAGAGAAGCCUCAAGGAGAGGGUCAGAACGCAAGUUCGGGUGCAGCAUCUGGAAAUCCCCCGUCAAAGCGGAUAUUUGUCGGCAACCUCGGCUUCGACGCUACGAAGGAACUCAUCGAAGAACACUUUUCCCAAUGCGGGACUAUCGCAAACGUACAUGUGGCCACAUUCCAAGACUCCGGCAAAUGCAAGGGUUAUGCUUGGGUAGUGUUUGAGGAUCUUGCAGCAGCCGAAGCAGCGGUGAAGGGCUACGUGCUGGUCAAAGAGGAUGAUGAAGAGGAAGAAGAGUCUGACGCCGAAAGCCGCAAAAAGUCUAAGAAACCGCGACAGAAGAGAGUGUGGGUGAACAACCUGCUCGGUAGGCGGAUGCGCAUGGAAUUUGCCGAAGAUGCCACGACGCGCUAUAAGAAGCGAUUCGGUAAGGACGGCGAAGGCAAGAAGAACGAUACCGCAGACAUCAGCGAGGUUGGGCCUGCAGAGCACGAUUCGACGGGUGAGCAGCCUCGCCAGUCGCGACCGGGCAAGGCUAGGCAAGGAAAGCCGGAGUAUACCAGAUACGAUCAAGAUACUGUCCAGAAGCUCAGUGGAGCCAUUGUUGAAGGUCAAGGAAAGAAGAUCACCUUUGAUUAAGGAUGGUUCGCGCGCCUUGAACAACGUGUGCGCAUUUUGGAAGAAAAUACACGAAGCCAUCGCCCAUGAAGAACCAAACCAGAUCUCCUUGCUGGUGAGAAGACGGAGCCUUGCAAUGCCCGGCUCUGUAAUCUGGUCGAUGUGAGAUCGUUGUCAUAGUGAGUUGUGACAUGAGUUGUUCCAUCCUUGCAUGGACUUCAUGCCCCGUCGGUCGAGGAUCAAGACGGCCGUGGACGGCGCUAUAGAAGCAUUGAGGAUUCAAGUCCUCAGUACCUUGAUACCCAGCCGAGACUUUUUGUAUACAAUGUAUGUAAGCCAUGAAGCAUUAUAGUAACCAAUGGAC